AUGGGCAAGGAAAACUGCACCAGUGUGACGGAGUUCAUUCUCCUUGGAUUGUCAGAUGCCCCUGAGCUGCGAGCUUUCCUACUACUCAUGUUCCUUCUUAUCUAUGGAGUCACAGUUUUGGCCAACCUGGGUAUGACAGCACUGAUUCACGUGAGCUCUGGGCUUCAUACUCCAAUGUAUUUUUUCCUCAGCCACUUAUCCUUUAUAGAUUUCUGCUACUCCUCAAUCAUCGUGCCAAAGAUGUUGGCUAAUAUCCUCAACAAAGACAAAUCCAUCUCCUUCCUGGGAUGCAUGAUGCAAUUCUACUUGUUUUGCACAUGCGUGGUCACUGAGGUCUUCCUGCUGGCUGUGAUGGCCUAUGACCGCUUUGUGGCCAUCUGUAAUCCACUGCUGUAUAUGGUCACCAUGUCUCAGAAACUCUGUGUGGAGCUGGUAUCUUGCUGCUACUUCUGUGGAACACUGUGUUCUCUAAUCCACCUGUGCUUAGCCCUUGAGAUCCCAUCUUAUAGAUCGAAUGUGAUUAACCACUUCUUCUGUGAUCUACCCCCUCUCUUAAGACUUGCUUGCUCUGAUGUCACUGUGAAUGCGGUGUUGCUGUUCAUUGUGGCCAGUUUCAAUGAAGUCAUUACCAUAGUGAUCAUCCUCACUUCCUACUUGUUUAUUCUCAUCACCAUCCUGAGGAUGCGCUCUGCAGAGGGAAAGCGCAAAGCUUUCUCCACCUGUGCCUCCCACCUCACGGCCACUGUGGUCUUCCAUGGAACAAUCCUUUCCAUUUACUGCCGGCCCAAUUCUGGUUCCAGUGGGGAUGCUGACAAAGUGGCCACAGUGUUCUACACUGUAGUGAUUCCCAUGCUGAACCCUCUGAUCUACAGCCUGAGGAACAGGGAUGUAAAGGAAGCUCUCAGGAAAGUGCUGGGCUCCAAAAUAUAUUCAUAG